AUGACUGAAAUCAAUAAUCGCACGAUUAGUUCUCAUGAUGGGAAAGUACAUGCAGUUGGUACAGUGAUUUUAUUUUUAUCAUUUGCUGUCUUGAUCGCAUGUAUCUGCAAAUCGAUACUGUCGCAAAUAUUGAAAAAUAAAUUUCCUGUCCCAUUUACAGUGAUCGUACUCAUUUUUGGCUUCAUAAUCGGUUUUAUUAUUGCCCAUAUUGAUGUAAUGGACAAUGAUUUUUUACUUGGUGAAAAAGAAUUGAGAGAAAUCAAUCCUCAUAUGAUUUAUUACAUUUUUUUACCGUUGCUUAUAUUCGAUUCGUCUUUUAACAGUCAGUAUUAUGUUAUUCAACCACAAAUCCUAUCGGCUAUACUUCUAGCUGGUCCUGGCGUGUUGAUCUCUAUUAGUAUUGUUGCCGUGGUUGCCGUUUAUAUAUUUCCUUACAAUUGGUCUUGGCUAGUUGCUCUUAUGUUUGGAAGUAUUCUAAGUGCAACAGAUCCUGUUGCUGUUGUGGCAUUAUUACACGUUUCGGGGGCGAGUAUAUCAUUAGCAUCACUAAUCGAUCUCGAAUCGUUAUUAAAUGAUGGUUCCGCCUUUGUCAUCUUCAUGAUCCUUCGCGAUAUUAUCAUAGGGCGAUGUGAUAGUGCCCAGAAAGUUGUUAUUGAUACUGUUAAAUUCACUAUCGGAGGCUCGGCUUUUGGCUUUGCCUGCGGCAUACUUGCUGUGAUCGUUUUGAAUCGCAUCAAUAAUGAACUCGAAGUCGAAAUUAUAUCGACUUUUGGUCUAGCAUAUUUGAUUUUUUACGUUGCUGAUGUUGAACUUGGUGUUUCAGCUGUACUCGCACUGGUGGUAAUGGGACUUUUUAUGGCUAAACAUAAAUAUUGUAUCAGUAGUCGUGUGCAAAUUCCGAUGGUCAAUACCUGGCGUAUCAUUAUCGAUUUUGCCAAUAUUCUUAUUUUUAUGAUUACUGGAAUCAUUCUAGCCCAAUCACUAGUUGGUACGAAAGCAACUAUUGUUGCACUUGAUUUCGGAUUUUCUAUUGUAUUGUACAUUGCACUACAUGUCGGACGUCUAUUGUCCGUUCUUAUUGUCAGUCCAUUAAUACAUUGGAGUGGUGUGCAUCUAUCUUGGAAAGAGUAUACAAUUUUGACUUGGAGUGGUUUAAGAGGAAGAAGACUUUUGUACUUUGAAAAACAUGUUCCUUUUCUAGGUACACCAGAAAGUGAAACCGUUUUAUUACAAGCUCUUAUACACAUGCGAAAACUAACACUGAAUCAACUUCACAAGAUGAAAAAAGAGAAACAAUUUUCUGAUGUUGAUUGGAAUCUGCUCAACGAAUAUUUACCGGAAAAAUUGGUUCAAAAAAUGGAUUCAGAACGAAAAACUAAUGUUUAUCGACGAUUUUCCAUUACAUCGGAUUCAUUUUGCAGUCCAUCGUCAACUUCAUGUCCAACAACUACGAUAACAGAUAUUGAACCAAAAGAAAUUCCGAACAUACAUGAAAUGGAUUAUGUUCCCAUCAAUGUCAUGCUGAAUCAACAGGAUAUAUCUCACCAAGAUGUUGUAUUGUCCAUGAUCGAUUUUCGACCAGAUGAUAAGGAAAAAAAUGAUAAUUUUCGAAACGAGUUAACUAUUCGUUUUCUCACAGCAUUGUCAGUUGAUUACGAGAAACAAUGGUAUAUUGGAAUGAUUCGUCGACGAACACUCUACAUACUAAUUAAAUCAGUCGAAAAAGCCAAACAUCAACAUUCAUUAAAACUUCAUUGGAGAUUGAUUGUCAAAAGUUUUCGCUUGUCAAAAUGGCUGUUAAAUCUCAUGCGAUUCGACUAUAUCGAUUGGAUUACCAAACAAUUUAAUAAAUUAUUGUUUGAUCAUAUCUUUCUCACCAUUGAAUUGAUUCUCGCUUUUUAUUCGGCUCGAACUCGUAUGGAUAAUCUUCGAAUGCAAUUUCCUGAAUUGGCUAGUAUUGAUGAACGAAUAUGGCAUGAAGUUUUCCAAGAAACUCAUUUAUAUCAUGUCACUGCCAUCAGCAUGCUUCUUGAUCUGAAACAAUCAUAUGAAAUUUGUUGGCGAAUUCACAUGACAAAACGAUCUGCUCAAAUGUUACUCAAAUAUGAAUCGAAGACGAUUACUGAAAUUUACGAAACAGGAAUGCUUGGCGAAAAGGAAUAUUCUUAUAUAUUGGGAUUAAUCGAAAAUAAAUUGUUUGAUCUCGAAUUUUAUCGUGUUCGAAUGCCAAAAGGUCAUGUGAAAGCGAUUGAAAAUGCGUUUGACUUAUUGCUACUCUUUAAAUCACUACCAAAUAAUGAAAAAGCACGUUGGCAAAUGAUUAUGAAAGCAAAGCAUAAAUGGUUUCAACCGGGCACAAUUCUUCUUCGAAAAGGUCAAAGAGUAUUCAAUGCCUAUCUUAUUGCUCGAGGUAUUGUUCAAUGUAAAGUUGAUACGAUGCCCAUCCAUUACCGAUCGGGCAAUAUUGUGGGUAUCGAUGCCUUAUUCUCACAAAAUUGUGUAGCACAUGCUACUUAUUCUGUUUGUGGUGGACUUGUAGAAGCAUACCGUAUAGAUGCAACAUUAUUGAAUCAGCUUUUAAACGAUGAAAAUUUAGCUCCUUCGAUCUAUCGCGAAAUUGCCUUACAUGUCUUGAGUAAUCACUAUCAGCCACGUUUGAAAUUGAAUCGUCUACAGCUAAAAUUACUUUUGCACAAGCGAGCAAAAUUCUAUUGGAAUCAACCAGAGGAAUCGAUUUACUUUCAAGAGAAUCAACAACUAUUUAUUCUCUCUGGCAAUGUUAUGUAUUUGUCGAAUGGUCAAAAUAGUACCUAUGAUGCGAUCCAACUCCAAACUUUUGAUAAAGAAGCUGAAGUUCUUUUCAAUCGUUCGACUGUAGCCUUUUCAUGGACGGAUGAUGAUGAAGUAUUUUUUGCUAAAGAUACAAAUCUUGCAAUUGAUUUUUCGAUACAAACCCUUGGUUUGAUUUCAAAUGAUCUAUUUUAUUCUGUAUGUUCGGAUGGAAUCACAGAAUCUUCCGAACAACGAUGUUAA